GACCAGUAGCGUCUGCUAUAAAAAUUGCGCGAAGUGAUGUUUACAACUAUAAAGUUUGCUCACCUUUUUUUCAAAAAAAUGAUAACUUAUCUCUGUACUUGAGAGCGCAUUCUGUUGAUUACGAAUAUUCGCUGAUUAAAAUUCUUCAUACCGGCUGUUGCCUUUUACACAUAAAGAUAUCUCUGUAAACUUAUGCCAAACAAAAUAUCCUGACUUUAUCUUCAGUUACUUACUACCUAAAAACAACAAGAUACAACAUGCUCAGCAGUGAAAGUGAUGAAGAGUUGUUUGACCCACGUGCAGGGUUAAGAAGACCAUCUAUUUUGCCAGGCUGUGAUGAAUCAAUUGCCCCAACAUGUUCGUCAUUUCUAUCCCACAAGUCACAAAAGAAAACAGGGAAACUUUCCUUGUCACAAAAAAAGAGGCAGGCUGGUACUUUGUUUUUUAAAAAAGGCAAUAACUCUGGUUUCGCCGAGAGCUCAUCACUCCAUCAAAAUGGAACAUCAAUAAGUCCAGAUUUUAAUAGACAUGAUAGCUCUCCAGAUUCAUCAUCGAAAAUGAAACUCAAGCGGUCAAGAGCAGAUCUUGAUUAUUCUAGCCCAUCAUCUGAUGACAGCAGCAUACCACCCAGUCAAAAUGUGAAAAAAAUUAUCAGAAGAUCAGAUUGUAAGAAACCUUGUCAAGAUUCAUCACUGGCUGUACGACCCAUCCAUAAAGUUGUCCCUGCAACUUCUUCAAUCUUGCAGUCUCCCAUCAAGUGUCGCAUUGGAAAACAUUGCCAAAACCCAAGUCCAGCUCACUUCACUGCUUAUGUUCAUAUCGAAAGUAGUCCAAGCAUCGAGAGUGUGGCUUCUACCGUGAUAUCCCUAGGAAUCCCAGAAGAAAACUCUGUUAGCGAGACUGAUAAAGCGGAAAUCACGCCAGUUGCUGAACCAAUCGACGAGGCUAAACAGAGCUACGAGGGUCCAUCCUUGCAUCUGAGUACUUUUACGGUGAACAGCUCGACCAAAGAGGACUUCAUUCAACAUUGGGUCGACUCUUGUGAAAUAGAAACGGCCAAUAAUAACAGCAGUGAUUCAGAUACUCAACCUCUGCCGAUGUCAGCGUUGGAUCCUCUCUGGACUGAUGAUCCGAAACCAACUUUUUCAAAAGAAGAGCCCACCAAGAAUCACGAAGAAGAAAAAAUUGAAUCACGAAAUAAACCUGAACUCCAGGAUAAUAUAAUAUUAGAACCUAGCACAUCAACUCCACGAAGCAUUCAAUCUCGUGAAAUGGUCACUCCAAGAAAGGAAAAGCAAUCAACUGUGAACAAGCCAUCUUCCAGCAGUGGAAAGCAAUCAGCCAUCACUGCUUUUUUCACUCCGUGCGGCAGCACGCCGGCAAAGAUUACUACAGUAGUGAAUAUCGCACAACUACAAAACAACACCGCCAUCAGCGAGUUGAAUGUCACAUUAACUAAUACCAACCAAUUCGACGUGGAUAAAAUUGACACCGAUAAAGUGGGAGCGACACCAGUUGAUGAAGAAGAAGAAGAAGAUGCACCUUCCAAUCUACUAUCGAAUGCCAAAGAACAGUGGUCUUACUUGAUGUCUCGUAUGAAUAUGAGAGGAACGGCGAAUAACCUUCAGCGUGAAAUGAAAAAAGUGGAAAGCCAAAAAUCGGCCAAGGGAUCGUUUCAACGAGGGUUUCCAAAACAGCAGGCUACCGAAGCCGGUCCGAGUAUGGAGUCACGAAAUUGCCCGUUUUACAAAAGGAUACCUGGCACCGGUUUCGCCAUUGAUGCUUUCUCUUAUGGCAACGUAGCGGGAGUGUCUUCUUACUUUCUUAGCCACUAUCAUUACGAUCACUAUCGCGGACUGGGGAAAUGGCUGGACAAACCACUUUAUUGCAGCCAAGUGACGGCCAACUUGAUCAACUUGAAAAUCAAACUCAAGCCUGGGAUAGUGCGAGUGCUUCCGUUGAACGAGUCGAGAGUAAUCGAGAGCAUCGAAGUCAUUCUUAUCGAUGCCAAUCAUUGCCCAGGUUCCGUCAUGUUUCUGUUCCGGUUCCCGACGGGAAAAGUCGUUCUACACGUUGGAGAUUUCCGCGCUCAUCCCAGUAUGGAACGUCUGUAUGAACUCAAGCAGCGGCCCAUCGACGAGCUUUAUUUGGACACCACCUACUGCGACGAACAUUACGAAUUACCCGCCCAGGAGGAGGUGCUCUCCUACAUCCGGCGACUAGUCCGUCGAUACGCAUUCAAAUACCAAAAGCUGUUGGUCAUCUGCGGGACUUAUACGAUCGGAAAAGAAAAGGUCUUCAUGAUGGCCGCCGAGGAAUUGAACAGCAAAGUUUGGGCUCCAACUGAAAAGCGACGAAUCUUAAACUGUCUGGACGAUUCCAAGAUUUCCAGUCGUUUAGCGACCAGUCCACUGGAAGCGAGCGUUCACGUUGUGAAUAUGGGCGAUGUCAAACCGGCAAAUUUGAAAAAUUAUUUGGACAGCCUCAGCGGAUCGUUUACGCACAUCCUGGCGCUCAAUCCGACCGGAUGGGAGUACGACGGGAAGAUGGCUGCCAAAGGUCUAGACGCCAUUUCACCGAAAUCUUACUACAAUGCCAUUUUCAUUCACGGCGUACCUUACAGCGAACACUCGGGCUUCAGCGAGAUGAAGAGGUUUGUUCGCUUCUUCCGUCCACGAAAAAUUAUUCCAACCGUUAACGUGGCUUCCGCUGCUCAACGCCAAAAAAUGGAAACCAUCUUCACCGAAUGGCUUGGACAUUCUGCACGAUAUUAACCAUUCCAUGGCCAUUUUUGCUGACUGAGAAAUUUUGUUAUUACUCCCAUGUGGUGUCCCAUUUUGGUUUCCUUUCCGGUUUUGCCCUUCACAAAUUAAGAAAACGAGAGCUUUUCGUCGGCCUUACAUUUUAUACUUCAAAAUUGGCGUAUCUUUUUUUAUGUAAAUAAAUAUGUUGGUCCAACGUGUUACCCAGAAUAAACGAGAAUGUUCGAAUUAAAA